AUGACAAAGGUGUAUCCGAAUGCGACAGCGGCUUCAGCCAAGACAACCGCCGUUAAUACCGGAAUAGUGCUGACAGUGUGGAAGAAAUCUCUACUCUUUAACAGCGACGGUUUCACAGUGUUUGAUAAAGACGGAAAUUUGGUAUUUCGUGUAGACGAUUAUUAUCAUCGUUCAUCUUCUGAUAUCGUUCUCAUGAACGCAUCCGGCAAGUCCCUCCUCACCAUCCGCCGCAAGAAAUGGUGUUCUUUAAGCCUAUCAGACAAUUGGUUAAUUUACGAGGGAGAAACAUCAACGAAUCCGAUACUCUCAGUAAAGAAACAGCUCUUGAUUGGGUCAUGUUUGGCUCGUGUUACUAAUUUACCAGCAGCUAAUAAAUUAGGGUUAAUAUUAGAAGAGUAUGAAAUUGAAGGAUCAUACACCAACAAGUGUUGUGCUGUUUAUGAUACCAAGCGGCGGCGGCGAUUGGCUGAGAUCAGGCGUAAGGAGGCGGCCAUAGGUGGUGUGGCCAUUGGAUUUGAUGUUUUCCGACUUGUUAUCUUGUCGGAAGAUAUCAUGGAUUCUGCAGUUGCCAUGGCCAUUGUUAUUGUUCUAGAUCUCAUGUUCCAAUCUACCAAUGUUCUAACUAAUUGCUUUCUUUGCAAUUAA